AUGUUGACCUUCAAUUAUCAAGAUGGCGAGAUAUCAUCUUCGCCUACUAUUAUCCUCUCAGGUAGGACUUCUACUGGCAUUGAUAGAGGAGUAAUCCAAUUCAUUAACAGUGAGAACAAGGUGUUUCCCCCGCAAAAUUUUGAAGUGAAUAGCAAUGGACAUUUCAAGGCUCUAAUUCAUUUAUCUGCUGGUGUACCAAAUAAAUUGGAGGUGAAGGUCUUUGCUAAUGCGUAUUUGAAUCCAUUUGGAUUUCCGGAAAAUGCAACCAAUUGUGUAGAUACUGGGUCUUUGACAUUGCGCCAAUUCCCAUUGCCGGAGAAUAAACUAGUUCAUUUGUGUGUCAUAAUCGGUAAGGAUUCCAAUGGCUCGUAUGAUAUGCCUAGAUAUAAGUUGCAAAGAGGUGAAGUUGCAAAUCUUGAUACUGCUAUACAAAAGUUAAAAGUAGCAGGCAGAAUGAUGCAAGCAUUUACUCAAGAUGACAUGAGGGAUAAUAGACUCGGUAACAGAACUUGGCAAUUUGAAGAGGAACCUGUACACGGACAAGGUAUAUUUGGAUAUAAUGUCAACUCUCCAACUCCUCAUAAUGAAGUUAAAAUCCAUGUUUUAAGAUCACCAAAGACCGUGGCGCAAUUGAGAGAUCCCAAUUUAGCCCAGCAGAAUCCAGAUGCUUCUGACAAUGGUGGACUAUUCUCCCAUGCUCUUGAUUUGAUUUCUAACUCCCCAGAUAUUUUCCCACAUGACCAUUUUAGACGCCUGAAAACUGCAAUUCAAUGUGCUGUAUUAUACUUGGACUCUACAUGGGAUGUUUCCAAAAGAUUGAUCUUGACCCAUGCUGCUCUUGGUGGUGGAACAGACGACAUUAAGUUGGCUAUCUUUGGCUCUCAUGGAUUGCAUUCUUGGCCAUCGACUUUUGCACAAAUAUCUGCAAACUUCUUGGACCAAACUCAUUUGUCGGAUAGAGAAGUUGCCAAUGAUUGUAACGAGUGUGGAACCAGUUGGGAAUGCAUGAACAUAACUAUGGGUGCAUUCAUGCACGAAAUCGGGCACUUGUUAGGUUGUCCUCAUCAGGUUAAUGGAGUCAUGUUGCGUGAUUACAUUUGGUUCAAUAGAUCUUUUAUGACUAGGGAAUUAGAAUGUUUAAGAACUCAUUCCAGGGGCCAAAUUAUUGACGGUAGAAGUGGCCAAUGGCCGGUAGGAAAAGUCUGCCAUUGGAAUAGAUUAGAUAUUAUUAGAUUCUUAUACCAUGAUUCGUUUGGGUUACCAGAUGACAAAAGCGACUCAACAUUCCAAAAAAUCCAAAAAUCCACCAAGAUUGCAGACUCUACAUAUGAUGGAAAGAGCUCGUCCCCUGUACCACUUCGCACCGAUGAAGGCGUAAUUAUGGAGUCAGACGCUGGUAUUUACAUGAUUGAAUUCAUUAUCGAUGAUUUGGCUAGACAUUCUAUAACCUACUUACCCAGGACAUUAGGUGGUGAAGGGUUACAAAGGGAACUUUUUAUGGACUACGACUCUUAUUAUCAAAACUUCAAGUCAGGGUACAGGGAUGCCAAGCCUGACUUCAAGUUGAAAGUAUUGUCAAUCGCAGGAGACUGGGAAACCAAUAACUUUAGGGAAUUUUGUAAUUCAAAAUCGAAAGAUUCUAGGUUCAGAAGUGAUUUUGGUUUAAAUAGAGGACAAAUUACUGCUUAUAAGAGUAGUCUUCUUGGUAGAAACGAGAAUAAUGAGCCAAUCCAAAUAGCUGGCUUUAAUAUUAAGGGAAUUCAUAAGAUUAGAGUCUUUUCGGAAAAUUCUUUAUUUGGACUUAAAUUUUUCUAUUCAAAUUCUACUAGUCAAGAACAACAAGCUCAAAAACCUCCUCCUCUUCCGGAAAGAAACUAUGUGCAUAAGUUCUUCAAAACUAUUACUCAAAGUAGCAACCAAGGGACUGCACCCACUCAAUUUGAUGGCCAAGAGCUUACCAGCUCAGUUGGCCAUGAAACAAAUCGUUAUUCUGAUUUUAAUGUGCCUCCUGGUGAGUAUAUUACCAAAUUCAAUGUCAGAUGCGGUUGGUGGAUUGACGCCAUUCAGUUUGAAACCAACAGAGGUACUAAAUCUCCUAUUUAUGGAGGAGGUGGUGGUGGAGUCAGUACUUUGAAAGCACCAAGUAACUUUACGGUCGUUGGGGUGUAUGGGUACACCGGUGCUUGGAUGGAUGGGUUAGGAAUCUUCUACUCCAAUGAGGUCUAG